AUGGAAUGCGCAAUCAGACAUGGAACAGUUGCAUUCUCCCAUCAAUCUAUCCCUAAUCAUAUCCAAGCCAAAACAUGGUAUCGCAUCAUUGGAUCACUCGACUCCGGCAUUCGGCCCCUUGUGGUGCUUCAUGGAGGGCCUGGAUACACUCAUGCAUAUCUCAAGCCUGCCUUUGACCUAUUCUCUAAAAAGACCUCAACGCCGGUGAUAUACUACGAUCAACUCGGAAAUGGACAUAGCACGCAUCUGCGGGAGAAGAGGCUGGACGAGUCUUUCUGGACCGCUGAUCUCUUUGUGGAAGAACUUAAUAAUCUUCUCCAAAAUCUCAAUGUCGACCAAGAUUUCAAUCUUUACGGCCAUAGUUGGGGCGCCAUGUUAGCUGUGAAAUAUGCAGCGCACUAUCAACCUCGUGGUUUACGCAAUCUUAUACUCGGCAGUGGUCCGGCAAGUUUGGAACUUUGGAAAGAGGCAGCUCGAAGCUUUAUUCCAUUACUUCCAGUCGAGCAACAGGAAAUACUUCGGAGUCACCGAAUUGAUCACCCACUCUACGGCAAAGCUUUGAUGGCUUUGAAUGAAGCAACAACAUUGAUGAAGGAACCCUACCCUGCGGAGCUUCAAGAGUCGCUGGACUGGCUUGAAAAGGAUGAUACAGUGGUAACAAGUACUAAUGGCCCCAGUGAUCUAGUUGAUGCAGGGUCUCUUGGAUCGCUCGACGUAACACCUGACUGUGUUCAUAUACAUAUUCCUGUUCUGAUUAUCAGUGGUAGUCAAGAUGGCGCGACUGCAGAAACAAUUCAGCCGCUUUAUGACGGUAUCUUGGAUGUAAAGUGGAUAGUAAUGCAGGAGGGGUCGCACAUGGUUCAUUUGCAAGACCCCAACCAGUAUAUCGACCAUAUAGCAGAUUUUUUAGACUGA